AUGCCGGCCGUAAAAGGAGAUGGGAUGCGUGGAUUGGCCGUAUUCAUAUCGGAUAUCAGAAAUUGUAAAAGUAAAGAAGCUGAGAUGAAACGGAUAAAUAAAGAACUCGCCAAUAUAAGGUCAAAGUUCAAAGGUGAUAAAACUCUAGAUGGAUAUCAGAAGAAGAAAUACGUUUGCAAAUUGUUGUUCAUAUUUCUUCUGGGAAAUGAUAUUGAUUUUGGACACAUGGAAGCAGUUAAUCUUCUUUCAUCCAAUAAGUAUACAGAAAAACAAAUUGUGAGUUCCUUAGUGUUCUGUUUGUUAUCGGCAUCCAAGUGA